UCCGGGCACGGUCACACUGCAUCAGUCAUCAAAGCGGGUGUGGAUCGCUGCUGGGUUUUAUUUCAUUUUUUCGAAUAUUUGAGUUCCCGAGUUCGUUUUAUUUACAUUUCUGUUGAUUAAUACAAUGUGUGUGGCCUGCUGAUCACCGAGAGCAGAUUGAUUUUGUUAACGAGCGCAGACAAGCAGCAAAGAUGUGGCACUUGCUGCGCGCCCUGCUCGUUAUAGCAGCCGCUUUGGAUGCACUGCAGCCGACGGUCGGACAGAGCGAUACGUACUACAACCCGAACCCAGCUCAGCAGAAUCCCCAGCAACCGCUGCAGCCCAACCAACAGUGGGGCAAUAAUCCCCAGUCGAAUCAAUAUGGCAACAAUGCCCAAUAUGGCAACAAUGCCCAGCCGAAUCAAUAUGGCAGCAAUAAUUUAAAUAAUGCCCAAACGAAUCCCAACGAUCGUCCGCCGUACAGGACCGAUUCGGGAAGCUUCAACGAUCUUACCGGACAGAAUGAGUUCGGUAAAACAGUGGGAGGAGGCUAUCAGGACAACGAGGAGCCGAGUUUGACCCGAGGCAAGUCUUCUUACAACAUCAAAGCCAACUUCCUGGAGUCGCUGCACUCGAGGGAGCCCACCUACUUCAUUGUGGCCUCCCGAAUGGUCAGACCUGGCCUAAUCUACCAAGUGUCGGUGUCCAUUCUGCAAGCUCAAUACCCCAUAACCGUUCAUGCCAGCAUCGCCUGCGAUGGUGUCCAAAUCAGCGGAGAUUCCAAGGAUGUAAAGGAGGGUGUCCCGGAGACGUUGCUCAUGAGGAUCCCACCCACCAGUGUGACUGGAAAUUAUAAACUCAGAGUGGAGGGUUUCUACCAAAACGUUUUUGGUGGUCUGGCCUUCCUCAACGAAACACGACUGGACUUCUCACAGCGAUCCAUGACGAUAUUUGUGCAGACCGACAAGCCGCUUUACAUGCAAGGAGAAACGGUGAGGUUCAGGACCAUUCCCAUCACAACCGAACUCAAGGGAUUCGACAAUCCCGUGGACGUGUACAUGCUGGAUCCAAACAGGCAUAUUCUGAAGCGCUGGCUUUCGCGCCAAUCGAACUUGGGUUCCGUUUCGCUGGAGUACAAGCUGGCGGAUCAGCCCAGCUUUGGCGAGUGGACCAUCCGUGUGAUUGCCCAGGGACAACAGGAGGAGAGUCACUUCACCGUGGAGGAGUACUACCAGACGCGCUUCGAAGUGAACGUUACCAUGCCGGCGUACUUCUUUACUACGGAUCAGUACAUCUACGGCAGGGUGAUGGCCAACUUCACCAGUGGUCUGCCAGUUAGAGGUAAUCUCACUCUCAAGGCGACGAUCCGGCCAAUUGGGUACUUUAGCAACCAGGUGCUCAACGAGAAGUAUCGCCUGGGGCGGUCGCCUUUGGAGCAAACCAAUCGAUACAAUGAGCGAUGGCGGUACAACAAUGCCAACCAGAAUCCUCAAAUCCAGUACAAUGUGCCCGGGCAGCUGCCCCAGGACGGAGCGGAUCUCUCGCAGGAUGUGCUGUACGGGAAUCAGUAUGUGGCGGAGCGACACUACCAGUUCGAUGAGGAAUGGCCCUUCUGGGUGAGGAAACCGGAAUACCACGACAGCUACGACACAUGGGGUGGAACGUAUCGGAAGACGCUGCCCUACCUGCGCUACUUCAACGGAACCUUUGACUUUAAGUGGCCGUUGCGGGAGCUGGAGGGGCUCGUGCGCAAUCUGGCCAACUCGGAGGUGCUGAUAACGGCCACCGUGGGUGAAAAGUUCUACGACGAGAUCAUCAGUGGCUACGCCGUUGCCAGGGUGUAUAACUCCAGUUUGCGAGUGGCGUUCCUGGGAGAAUCCCCACAGGUCUUUAAGCCCGCCAUGCCGUUCACAACAUAUCUGGCGGUAGAGUAUCACGAUGGUUCGCCAAUCGAUGCCAAUUUACUGCGCCAGGGUUUGAUGGAGGUCACCGGCUUUGUGGAGAGUCGCAAUGGCGGACGCAGGGAUUGGCCCACCCAGCGCUUGCAGAUGUCCCAGCAGAGCGAUGGCAUCUGGGAGGUCAAGAUCGACAUUCGGAAUGAUCUCAACCUGGACGACCGCCCUCAAUCGAGGGAUUUCCUGAACGGCAUACAGAACAUGCGGCUGCAGGCUCUCUUCAUAGAUCCGCGCGGUGAACGCAUUCAAACGGAUCUUCUGUUGGUGUCCCAUUUCUCGCCGAGGAACCAGCACAUCAAGGUAACCACCAGCACCGAAAAGCCUGUGGUUGGCGAGUACAUCAUUUUCCACAUUCGCACGAAUUUCUACCUCGAGGAGUUCAACUAUCUCAUCAUGUCGAAGGGUGUUAUUCUGGUCAAUGAUCGUGAGACCAUCACGGAGGGCAUCAAGACCAUUGCUGUGGUACUGAGUUCCGAAAUGGCACCUGUGGCCACCAUGGUGGUGUGGAAGAUUAACCAGCAGGGACAGGUGGUGGCGGAUUCCCUAACGUUCCCGGUGAACGGCAUCUCGCGAAACAACUUCACCGUGUACAUCAACAAUCGCAAGGCGCGAACGGGCGAGAAAGUGGAGGUGGCCAUCUUUGGAGAACCCGGCUCCUAUGUGGGUCUCUCUGGCAUCGACAGUGCCUUCUACACGAUGCAAGCGGGCAAUGAACUGACCUACGCCAAGAUCAUUACCAAGAUGUCGAACUUCGACGAGCAGACCAACGGCACAUACAAGCACAUUUGGUACUCCCACGAGGGCAACCCCGAUGAGUUGGUCUACUUCCCCGCCUCGUCCUUCGGCAUCGACGCGAAUCGAACCUUUGAGUACAGUGGCUUGAUCGUGUUUACGGACGGCUAUGUGCCCAGGCGGCAGGACACCUGCAAUCGCACCCUGGGCUUCGGUGAGUGCUUGAGUGGACGAUGCUAUCGCCUCGAGAAGCAGUGCAAUGGAAUGCCUGAUUGUGACGAUGGAACCGACGAGCUCAACUGCCAUGUGAGGAAUGACACCGAGCUGUUGAGCUACCGAAAGUAUCGAUUCAAUCGCGUGCUGCGUCACUACGAGAACGUGUGGCUGUGGAAGGAUGUUAAUAUCGGACCCCAUGGUCGAUACAUCUUCAAUGUGGAGGUGCCCGAUCGUCCCGCCUACUGGAUGGUGAGUGCGUUCAGUGUGAGUCCAUCCAAGGGUUUCGGCAUGAUCAACAAGGCCUUGGAGUACGUGGGCGUUCAGCCGUUCUUCAUCAACGUGGAAAUGCCGGAGGCUUGCAGACAGGGAGAGCAAGUGGGCAUCCGUGUCACUGUGUUCAACUACAUGACCACUCCCAUCGAGGCCAUUGUUGUGCUGCACGGCAGUCCGGAUUACAAGUUUGUGCACGUAGAGGAGGAUGGCAUUGUGCGGUCCUAUAACCCCCGGACCAGCUUUGGUGAGCACCAGUUCUUCAUCUACUUGGAGGCACAAGGCACCACGGUGGUCUAUGUGCCAGUGGUGCCCCAGCGUCUGGGCAACGUGGACGUAACCCUGCACGUGGCCACUUUGCUGGGAACAGAUACCAUUACCAGAACCUUGCAUGUGGAGUCCGACGGUCUGCCACAGUAUCGUCAUCAAUCCGUGCUGCUGGAUCUUUCGAAUCGCGCCUACGUCUUGGAGUACAUGCACGUGAAUGUAACCCAAACGCCAGAGAUUCCCUACCAGGUGGAUCGUUACUUUGUUUACGGCUCGAACAAGGCUAGAAUAUCGGUUGUGGGCGAUGUGGUGGGUCCCAUUUUUCCCACCAUGCCCGUGAAUGCCAGUUCGCUGCUUUACUUGCCCAUGGAGUCGGGCGAGCAGAAUGCCUUCAGUUUCGCCGCCAAUCUCUACACGAUUAUGUACAUGCGAUUGAUCAAUCAGCGCAACAAAACCAUGGAGAAGAAUGCCUUCUAUCACAUGAACAUUGGCUAUCAGCGGCAGUUGAGUUUUAUGCGGCCCGAUGGCAGUUUCUCGCUCUUCCGCUCCGAUUGGAACAACUCGGAUUCGUCCGUUUGGUUGACCAGCUACUGCCUGCGCGUCUUCCAGGAGGCCAGCUUCUACGAGUGGGAGAACUUCAUUUGGAUCGAUGCCACCAUUAUUGAGAAGAACAUGCGUUGGCUCCUGCAGCACCAGACGCCGCAGGGAUCCUUCUACGAGGUCACUUGGCUGCCGGACAGAAAGAUGAAUCGCACCAACUUUGACAAGAACAUCACGCUCACCUCCCAUGUCCUCAUCACUCUGGCCACUGUAAAGGAUAUCUCCGGCACUCUGGGGUCCCGUGUGGCUUUGGCCACCCAACGAGCACUGGCCUACAUAGAGAGGAAUAUGGACUACCUGAAACGCGUGGCCGAACCAUAUGAUGUGGCCAUCACAGCCUACGCCCUGCAGCUGUGCAACUCUCCCAUUGCGGAGGAGGUGUUCACCAUUUUGCGACGUCAUGCCAGGACUAUUGGUGAUUUCAUGUACUGGGGCAAUCAGGAGAUCCCACAACCGCCUCGAAAAUUGGAGAAUCAAAAGUGGUUCUCCCUGCCGCGACUGCCUUAUGAAUAUGAUUCCCUGAACAUAGAGACCACCGCCUAUGCGCUGUUGGUCUAUGUGGCGCGUCGUGAGUUCUUCGUCGAUCCCAUUGUGAGGUGGCUCAACUCGCAGCGUUUGAACGACGGCGGAUGGGCCUCCACCCAGGACACCAGUGCAGCACUUAAGGCUCUCGUGGAGUACACUGUACGGUCGAGGUUGCGCGAGGUGUCUUCGCUGACCGUGGAAAUUGAGGCUUCUUCGCAGGGCGGAAAAACGCAAACCCUUUACAUUGAUGACACUAAUCUUGCGAAAUUGCAAAGUAUCGAGAUUCCAGACGCUUGGGGCACCAUUAAGGUCCAGGCCAAGGGUGCUGGUUAUGCCAUCCUGCAGAUGCAUGUACAGUACAAUGUGGACAUUGAGAAGUUCCAAACCAAGCCGCCAGUGCCAGCCUUUGGACUUCAUACGAAGGCCAUCUUCCAUGGCAGGAAUCAGUCGCACAUUUCCUACGUGGCCUGUCAGAACUGGAUAAACAGCGCCGAGUCGGAGCGCUCGGGCAUGGCUGUUCUGGAUGUGGCCAUACCCACGGGCUAUUGGAUACAGCAGCAAAAACUGGACAGCUAUGUGCUCAGCAAUCGCGUCAGGAAUUUGAGGAGAGCUCGCUACCUGGAACGAAAGAUUGUCUUUUACUUUGACUAUCUUGAUAAAGAGGAUAUCUGUGUUAACUUCACCAUAGAACGCUGGUAUCCAGUGGCUAAUAUGUCGCGCUAUCUGCCAGUGCGGAUUUACGAUUACUAUGCACCAGAACGCUUUAACGAAUCGAUAUUCGAUGCCCUGCCCACAUAUCUGCUGAACAUCUGCGAAGUGUGCGGCAGCUCACAGUGUCCGUACUGUUCCAUUUACAACAUGGGCUGGCGCGCCUCCAUGUCCAUGUCCCUGCUCUUCUUCAGCGUGUUCAUCUACCUGCUGCGGAGUCGCACGCACCUGGUCCUGAACAUGAUGCAACUGCUCACAUAGGGAAGCAUGAAAGAUAUCCACAAAGUCACCAUCGAAACACUUUGCUAAGAUUUGUAGUGUUUUUGUUCAUUUAUUGUGUGUUUAUUUUGAAGUUUUUUGUUUUGAGUUGUAGUCUUUUUUGUUUACCAACGAAAUUGCAUUCCGUCCAAAAAUGCUGGUCAACAUUUUGGUUUUAUUUUUAGUUUUUUUCUCUGUAGAACUCCAAUAGACCCGCUGUAGAAUCGAAUGUACAAAACAGCAGUUAAUCGUAAUUUAACUUUUAUUUUUAUUGCUGAACAAAGAAUCUUUUGCUGCACACAAAGCAGACCACAUGUAGCCACCUAAUGUAAGUUGUAAGUCCAAAUGAACCAUACUAUGCCUUAUCAUAGAGCGGGCUCCAAGUGGGGAAUCAAACAAACAAACAAAAAAAAAAAAAACAAUCAAUGUGUCUUUCACAAAAUGCCUUUAAUAGAUUUUAGAAAUCAUUAGCAAAUGUAUCUUGACAAAAUGUUUGCAUUAGCAUUACAUUGCAUAUCGAAUGGAAAUUUAUCUAUUUUGUAUUACCAAACUCUUGAACAUUUUUAAACGAAAUGAAGCGAAAAACGUUGAAGAAACCGUCCAAUUAAUUUAUGCAAAUAAUGAAUCUGCAUAGCUUGUAAGUUUUAUACUACUUAUACACCCUCCACAUGAACCACAAUUAGUUUGUAAAUUCUAUACACAAAUCUCACAUAGCCAUGUACAUGAAGCUAAAAAGCGAGGAAGAAUGAAAUACCCCGUUUGUAUACAACUUUGAUGAGUCCCUCCCUUACAAUAAGAAUCGAAUCUCUGUAUGAAGUAACCUUUCUUUUCUUUUGUAAUAAACGAAGCCUGAAAAUAAA